CUACAAUAUCUUAUUUAUAUGAGCCUUAAAAUAAGAACACUAUUUUUUAUUAUUGUAACUUUUAAUCCUCUAUAAUUACAGAUGAGUUUCAAAAGACAAAAUAGCUGACUUAUUACAAAAUAUAUCUCCCUCCCAUCUGCUUGAAACCUCCUUAAACUGCACAAUAUGUUGCUGUUGCCAUGUAUGUGUGUUUCUCUACUACAUAACCAGAACUUAUUUCUUCAGCCAUUUGGCUAACGGUCGAGUCUAGCCAUGAUUUUACCACCAAGAGACUCAAGUUUCUGCGGCGAAGAUCUCUGCUGAGAGAUGAGGAUUAGCAGAAAGAAGCGAGAAAAUUUCCAUCGUUUGGUUCUUGCGGAUAGGUAUUUAUGUGUUCGGGUUCGUGUGAAUGUAAACUAUGCAUUUCCAAACCUAAAAGACAGAUACAAUACAAAUUCAAUAUGUGGUUGAAACACAUACGGUAAGCACUAAUUGCCAAGAGGUACAUUUUGGCAUUUUAAUUACCUUCUAAAUUGAAAUGAAACUUAAGGAAACAGACCAGCCAAUAUUUAUCUAGCGCAUUUUAUCAAUUUAAACCGUGUAAAUUGUAAAAUUCAUACCUAGACAGAGCUGAUAAAACUAAGAAACCCCUAUAUGCCGAACAACUAUGAUAUCGUUAUUCGGUAUUCUGUUUUGAGGUUGUUGUUUUUCUGUAAGUUAGGUGUAGGCAGGUAAGUGGCUAUCAGAAAGUAAUAUAGUUAAAAGAACAUUGCACUAAUACUUUCAUUCAUAUUUCAGGUAUGAUGGACGUGGUCAUCUACAUGACCUCUCUGAUUACGAUGCAGAGCACAAUUCAUGGAACAGAAAUUACAAUUUGUCUGAAGAGGAGGCUCGCAUAGAGGCUCUCUGUGAUGAAGAGAGAGGAAGAAUAUAAGCGAUUGAGUGAAGCUCUAGCAGAAGAUGGGACUUAUAAUGCUAUGGGCUACCGCUAUAAGAGUGAUUAUUAUGAUCCUUCACAGCCCACAGAAGAGGAAGAACCACAGAAGGACAAAGAUGACAGAGAAUCAAGUGAUGCAGAAGACAAUGAGGAGCCAUUUAUUGCACCAGAUGGGUUAAAUGUUCCGUCCGAUGUUGAACUGCCACCGACAGCAAAAAUGCAUGCAAUCAUUGAACGCACAGCCAGCUUUGUCUGCAAGCAAGGUGCUCAGUUUGAGAUUAUGCUAAAAGCUAAGCAAGCUCGCAAUUCGCAAUUUGACUUCUUACGUUUUGAUCACUACCUCAAUCCAUACUACAAGCACAUUCAAAAAGCUAUGAAGGAAGGACGAUACACUUCACAAUCUGAUAAACAAAAUGAGAAGAAAAGUUCAUUAUUAAAUACAGCAGAUGAUGAUGAUGAAGAGGAUGAUGACGAUGAAGGAAGUGAUUACCUACAUCCAAGUCUUUUUGCCUCUAAAAGGUGCAGCAGACUUGAAGAGCUUACAAAGCCUUUAAAAGUGAUUGAUCCAGAUCACCCCCUUGCAGCUCUGGUCAGGAAAGCUCAAAGUGAAAGGUUGGCUUCUCAGUUAGCGGCAAAUAAUGUACCUGCUCAGGUUGCUGAAACGGAAAGCACCACUGAAUCUAAUGUGACUUCCACCUAUUACAAUUACUAUAUGUUGCCAGAUGGGACAUAUUGCCUCGCUCCUCCAUCUGCAGGUGUGGAGGUUAACAGUAGCUACAAUCCUUCAUCAGCUGAAGAAAAUGCACAAACUACAGGCGAAUUAAUGACAACUACACAGUCCAGUACACCUCCUCCAUCAUUAAUAAGUGAUGCUAACACUAAGGUGACCCAAGACACUGUUCCAGUAAGCACACUCACACCAGUGGUUGCUAUUAUUCCUCCACCUCCUGAUAUUCAACCUGUCAUCGACAAACUUGCACAGUAUGUGGCUCGAAAUGGAGUUAAGUUUGAAACCAGCGUUCGAGCAAAGAAUGAUUCAAGGUUUGAGUUCCUACAGCCAUGGCAUCAAUAUAAUCCAUAUUAUGAGUUCAAGAAACACUUUUUCAUGCAAAAAGAAGGAAUCCUGAAUGUACAGACUGCCGCUAACUUGGAUGGAAGUAACAAUUCUGCAGAAAUAGCAAGCAACUCUUUGCUACUGUCUGAUCCUGCAACGGAAGACCGAUUUGACAGAGGAGCCUUUGAUUCUAAAAAUGAUGCCGCUAGCAGUAAGGCCCACAAUGAUGGUAAAAUGAAAGCAUCAUUUGCUCCCAUAAGCUUUGCCAUCAGAGUGAAGGAAACUGACCUCCUACCCCUGGAAAAAAACAGAGUUAAGUUAGAUGAUGACAGCGAGGAUGAAGAAGAAGGAAAUGGCAAGGAUGGAUCACAAAGUAAGACCAGCCACCCUACCAGCAGCCAGUCAAUGAAUACAACAGCUUCUGUGGUGGAGGAUAAAAAACCUCAGCUGACUCCCGAAGAGCUUGAAGCCAAACAAGCAAAGCAAAAGCUGGAAGAUAGACUCGCGGCAGCAGCCAGAGAGAAACUUGCACAGGCUGCCAAGGAAUCAAAGGAAAAGCAACUGCAGGCAGAACGCAAAAGGAAAGCUGCAUUGUUCCUGCAAACCUUAAGGAAUCCACUGGAAGUAGAACUGGGAAGGAUAGAAGAGAGUACCUCUAGCCCAGAGGUUAUUGGCGGUGUAGGAUGUGAUGUUUUACCUGAAGAUAUAAUUCUGCCAACCACAGAGUAUCCUGUGUCAGAAAGAUCCCCAAGCAGAGCUUUUCCACGGGAAGAAAAGGAAAAAAAGAAGAAGAAACGGAAAAAACGCUCCCGUUCAAGAUCUCGCUCCCCAAAAGAACACUAUGAGUCCAAAUCAAAGUCCAGGUCACAUUCUAAAGUUAAGCAUUCUCUUCCCACAGCCUACAGAACAGUCAGGCGUUCUAGGUCAAGAUCACCAAAAAAACCUUCUCAGUCCUCCGACAGGAGAAGAGAGGAAGAAAAAGGAUAUUCAAGUGCCUAUCGAGUUGGGCACAACCCUGGCAACAGCAAGAAACGUGCAAGAUCACGCAGCCCACAUGACAAUAAAAAGAAAAGACACUCCAGAUCACAAACAAAAUCUAAACCAAGAUCUCGAUCCAACUCGCCCAACAAACAGGGGGCUUAUAGUAGCCCUGUGCAUUCAACAAGUAUCUCUCCCGUGGAGAGCAGAGGCUCCAGUCAAGAACGCUACAGGGGAACCUCUCAGGACAAAGAUGGCCAUAUUGCGUCAGAAAUAGUCUCUUCGGUGCAGUCCAAAAUAACUCAGGAUCUCAUGACGAAAGUAAGGGCAAUGCUUGCUGCCUCCAAGAAUAUGCGUAGCAAUGCUUCCUGAUACUGUAUAAAAUUAUACCAGCCUAAAUCUAUUUAAAAUGGGGAUACACCAUUACAGAUGGAAGUCCAAGAAUCUGUCCCCUUUUUUGUUUUUGUUUUUCUGCUUUUUAUAAAAUUAUUGUAGUAAUUCCAUUUGAUUUCCACAGAGAAGUCAGAUCUGCCAUUGGUCAAUUUUUGAUUGACUCUUUUCCAUUUGCUAUAUACAGUGAACAGCCCCUCUGUAUAUUUGUACAUAUUAUGUUUCUGUGCUACAAAAUAAAAUUUGGUGGGCAAACUGUAAAAA